ACUCUUUUCUAUUUGCCGGUCAUCGAACACAUUCUUCCUUUUCUCUUUCUGUCUUUGAAGCACAUGACAUGGCCAUUUAUCAUGAAAAGGUACAGCUGGUUGAAGAAGAAGAAGAUCCGAGAGAAACAGCUCCAAUUGAGAGGAGCACAGUCACAAGUUUUCUCUUUCUUUUUUCCUCUCUUCUAUCCAAAACAUCUUCAAUAGCUGUAAUAUUCCCCUGGAAAUCUUAGUUCAACUUGUUCUUGAUUUAUGAUUUGUUGGCUCAAUUUAUCGAUAUUUUAUUUUGUAUUCUCUCUGUAUCAAUGUCAUCAAGAAGAAUUAUCACAAAAUAUAGAAGUCACUGCAUCUGAUUCUGCAGCAGAACAUGAAGUGUUUGAAGGAAUAUCAUCAAAUAUUGCUGGGAAAGGAGAAAAGUUAGAAGAAGAAAUAGAUAACAUUGGUAUUGUAAUGCAACCAGAGCCACGAGUUGUCCAUGAAGCUUCCGAAGUAUCAGACAACAUUGAACUUAAUAUCAAAGACGACCUAAACUUGAAAAGUAGACUGGACAACUUCACAAGAGCUAAAUUCAGGCAAUCAACCACCGUAACACCUAAUAUUGUUGCUGUGGAGCCUUCUAUUGAAGGUGUUGAAGACGAUUUAGAUCAUGAUGAACAAGGAGAACCAGAAGACAGUGAAAUUCGAAAUCGGAACGAGCACCAUUUUGCUGAGUUGGGCGGAAAAAUGAAGGAACGCAGGGAUCAUGUAGAUGAUCCCGAUAUUCAAGAACCAUUGAAUAAGCCAAUAUCGGCUAUUCCAGAAGAGACUUCAAAUUCUGCAACUAUUCAAUAUGAAAGAAGUUCGUCUGGAACACAAAACCCGCAAACUUCUUUAAAUAUUCCGACUGCUCAGAAUGUACCAAAACUAAAACAAUUAAAAAAUCAAGAGAUUCUAAAGGAUCAUUUUAUUUCGGAAGUAUCAGAUGUUUCCAACGUUGCAGAUGUUUCAGCGCCUAUUGUUAUUAGUCAAGUACCUGAAAUAUUGAAUGGAGAACCCGCAGGAGUACCUGCCAAUUUUGAAGAAGAAGACAAAGAACGUGUAGAAGAAGAGGAAGAUCGCAUCAGUUGGGAUCUUAUUCAUUUUCUACUUUUGUUAAGUCCAUAUGAAGAAGGUGAAGUUACUUGGUGGACAAUUGUUCUUGAAGCCGUUAAGUGCUCUCUUCGAAGUUGUCAUAAUUCAUCAUCUCACUGGCAUGAUAGAUCUGUGUAUCUUCCGAGAAUAACUCGACAUCGUCGUCAAGAUUCAGACUAUUUACCUGGAGCACUUUCUCCAACAACACCAAAACCCUGUUUGUGCAACAAUUUAGAGACUUAUUUCGAAAAACUGUAUGAAUCAGUUGGGAAAAAAAAGAAGGAAAAGAAAAUAUCAAAUUCAACAACGAAAUUUGUAUAAAAAUUCCGUAAAUAUGUACGUAAUUCAAUAAAGGUUCAACUUUUAUACUAU